AUGCCUUCCCAAGUCCAUGCCGAGGCUGUUAACCCUCUUCCUCAUCCUCCUGUUACUGGCGCCCCUUGCGAGCAACCCAAUGCCACUAUCGCUACGUUGGUCUUUCGAGAUGGCACCUCUUAUCAGGGUAUCUCCUUUGGUGCUGAGACCAAGAGCAUUGCCGGCGAGUGUGUCUUCCAGACAGGUAUGGUCGGAUACCCCGAGUCCGUAACCGAUCCCUCAUACAGAGGUCAGAUCCUUGUCUUGACCUUCCCCUUGGUUGGAAACUAUGGUGUGCCCUCACGUGAGACCAUGGAUCCUCUUCUCAAGGACUUGCCAAAGUACUUUGAGUCGAACGAGAUCCACGUUGCUGGUCUAAUCAUCGGUCAGUAUUCCCAAGACUUUUCCCACUACCUUGCUGCAUCCUCGCUUGGUGAUUGGCUCAAGGAGAACAACAUCCCUGCCAUCUAUGGAAUCGACACCAGGGCCUUGACCAAGAAGAUCCGUUCCCAGGGUGCCAUGCUCGGAAAAAUCCUGUUCCCCACUGCUGUUGUCGGUCCCACUAUCGUCCCUGCCGAAGCUGAAUGGAUGAAGGAGUACCAGAAUAUUGACUGGGUUGACCCUAAUUCUCGCAACCUGGUUGCUGAAGUCUCUCUCAAGGAGCCAAAGAUCUACGCACCCGAGUCUUCGACCGCUCUCUUGGGACCUAACGGAAAGCCUCUUCGCAUCGUUACUGUCGAUGUCGGAAUGAAAUACAACCAACUCCGCUGCUUUGUGACUCGUGGUGUAGAGGUCAAGGUGGUUCCCUACGACUAUGAUUUCAAUGCUGAUACAGACUAUGAUGGUCUUUUCAUCUCCAACGGUCCUGGAGACCCAAUCAUGAAUACUACCACCAUCGCCAAUUUGACCAAGGCUGUCCAGAUUGCUCGCACCCCUAUCUUUGGUAUUUGCUUGGGUCAUCAGCUCUUGGCCCUUGCUUCUGGAGCUUCCACCAAGAAGAUGAAGUUUGGUAACCGUGGUCACAACAUCCCUUGCACAAACAUGGUAACUGGACGUUGCUACAUUUCUUCACAGAACCAUGGUUAUGCUGUCGAUGCCAGCUCACUUCCCGACUCCUUCAUAGAGUUGUUUAUCAACGCCAACGACGGUUCUAAUGAGGGUAUCAUGCACAAGACUCUGCCGAUCUUCUCUGUCCAGUUCCAUCCCGAGUCCACUCCUGGUCCUCGUGAUACCGAGUUCUUGUUUGAUGUAUUCAUCAGCUCUGUGGUCGACUUUAGAAAGACAGGUGUGUUGAAGCCCAUCACCAUGCCUGGCGGCACCAAGGAGGAGGCAGCAGCGCUCAACCCUCGGGUCAAUGUCCGCAAAGUCCUUGUUCUUGGAUCUGGUGGUCUGUCAAUCGGUCAGGCUGGAGAGUUUGAUUAUUCUGGUUCACAGGCCAUUAAGGCCUUGAAGGAAGAAGGCAUCUACACGGUCUUGAUCAACCCCAACAUUGCCACUAUCCAGACCUCGAAGGGUCUUGCAGACAAGGUCUACUUCUUGCCUGUCACUCCCGAGUUUGUGCGCAAGGUCAUCCUCCGUGAGAAGCCUGAUGGUAUUUAUGUCACCUUUGGAGGUCAAACAGCCUUGUCUGUGGGCAUCAAGAUGAAGGACGAGUUUGCAGGUCUCGGUGUCCGUGUUCUGGGUACACCUAUCGAUACCAUCAUCGCCACUGAGGAUCGUGAAGUGUUUGCUCAGCGCAUGUUGUCGAUUGGCGAGAAGAUUGCCCAGGCUCAGACAGCUGUCACUGUGCAGGAGGCUCUUGCAGCAGCCAACCAGAUUGGUUAUCCCGUCAUUUGCCGUGCUGCCUAUGCUCUCGGAGGACUUGGUUCUGGAUUUGCUAACAAUGAUCAAGAAUUGGCAGAGCUAACAUCCAAGGCCUUUGCCACAUCGCCUCAGGUGCUGAUUGAGCGGUCGAUGAAGGGCUGGAAGGAGAUCGAAUACGAGGUCGUGCGUGAUUGCCGUGACAACUGUAUCACUGUCUGUAACAUGGAGAACUUUGACCCUCUGGGCAUUCACACCGGAGACUCGAUCGUUGUUGCACCCUCGCAGACUCUUUCGGAUGAGGACUACAAUAUGCUUCGCACCACAGCCGUCAAUGUCAUCCGUCACUUGGGAGUGGUCGGAGAGUGUAACAUCCAGUAUGCACUCAAUCCCUUCUCAAAGGAGUACUGCAUUAUUGAGGUCAAUGCUCGUCUGUCGCGUUCGUCGGCUCUUGCUAGUAAGGCCACUGGUUACCCCUUGGCAUUUGUCGCUGCCAAGCUUGGUCUCAACAUCCCCUUGAACGAGAUUUCCAACUCUGUGACCAAGGUGACAUGCGCCUGCUUCGAGCCCUCGCUCGACUAUGUUGUUGUCAAGAUGCCUCGCUGGGAUCUGAACAAGUUUGAUCGUGUCUCAAAGAGUCUGUCAUCGUCGAUGAAGUCUGUGGGAGAAGUCAUGGCCAUUGGUCGUACCUUUGAGGAGACGAUUCAGAAGGCUAUCCGAGCAAUUGAUCCUUCCUUGGUCGGUUUCGCACCCAAGCAGUCGUAUGAUGUGAUUGAUGAUGAGUUGACCAACCCCAGCGACCAGCGUGUGUUUGCGAUUGCGAAUGCACUCCAGAAGGGUUAUUCCGUAGAUCGUAUCUGGGAGCUGACCAAGAUUGACAAGUGGUUCUUGAACAAGCUGGAGAACAUUGUUAAGCUCGAGAAGACACUCGGCAACUAUGGUGCUACAGACCUGCCUAUCAACUUGCUCCGCUCAGCCAAGCAGCUCGGCUUCUCGGAUCGUCAGAUUGCCACAGCCAUCUCUAGCAACGAGCUCUCUGUCCGCCGCCUGCGCACAGAUGCAGGAGUGACACCAUUUGUCAAGCAGAUCGAUACAGUUGCAGCCGAGUUCCCAGCCUUCACCAACUAUCUGUACAUGACCUACAAUGCUGUUGAGCACGACAUUGCAUUCGAGGACAAGGGUGUGAUGGUGUUGGGAUCAGGAGUGUACCGCAUUGGUUCAUCUGUCGAGUUUGACUGGUGCGCUGUCCGAGCUAUCCGCACUCUUCGCAGCCGUGGUGUCAAGACUGUCAUGGUCAACUACAAUCCUGAGACAGUCUCAACAGACUAUGAUGAGGCUGAUCGCCUGUACUUUGAGAACAUCAAUCUGGAGCGCAUUCUUGACAUCUAUGAGAUCGAGUCAUCGUCCGGUGUAGUGAUCACUAUGGGUGGUCAGACUCCCAACAACAUUGCUCUGCCAUUGCACCGUCAGAACGUCAAGAUCCUGGGAACGUCGCCUGAGAUGAUUGACAAUGCUGAGAAUCGGUACAAGUUCUCGCGUAUGUUGGACCAGAUCAAUGUGGAUCAGCCUCUGUGGAAGGAGUUGACUUCGUUGACAGAAGCUGGAGACUUCUGUAACAAGGUUGGAUACCCAGUCUUGGUGCGUCCAUCAUAUGUGUUGUCGGGAGCAGCCAUGAACGUGGUCUACUCUCCUGAUGACUUGGCCAACUACUUGGGCCAGGCCACAGCUGUCUCACGCGAGCACCCUGUGGUGAUCUCCAAGUACAUUGAGGAUGCCAAGGAGAUUGAGAUGGAUGCGAUUGCUGUCAACGGAAAGAUGGUGAUGCAUGUGAUCUCUGAGCACGUCGAGAAUGCUGGUGUGCACUCUGGAGAUGCUACUCUGAUUCUUCCACCUCAGGAUUUGGACCCCGAGACGAUCCGUAAGAUCGAGGCAGCUACAGCCAAGAUUGGACAGGCCUUGGAUGUCACUGGGUGCUUCAACAUCCAGUUCAUUGCCAAGGACAACGAGAUCAAGGUUAUUGAGUGCAACUUGCGUGCAUCACGCUCGAUGCCAUUUGUGUCCAAGGUGAUGGAGGUUGAUCUGAUCGAGAUGGCGACCAAUGCCAUGUUGGGCUUCCCUGUUGAACCCUAUCCCGAGACACCUAUUCCCAAGACUGGCUAUGUCGGCAUCAAGGUCCCUCAGUUCUCGUUCUCGCGCCUGUCAGGAGCCGAUCCUGUUCUUGGAGUGGAGAUGGCCUCGACCGGAGAGGUUGCAUGCUUUGGCAAGGACAAGUACGAGGCGUACAUCAAGGCUAUGGUCUCGACUGGCUUCACACUGCCCAAGAAGAACAUUCUUUUGUCAAUUGGUUCGUUCAAGGAGAAACAAGAGAUGCUCCCAGCUGUCAAGCGUCUGCGCUCACUCGGCUACAACUUGUUUGCCACCGCUGGUACGGCUGACUUCAUGAACGAGCACGAUGUGCCUGUCAAGUACUUGGAGACACUUGAGGAAGGAGGAGACAAUCAACAAAAGUCCGAGUACUCACUCAACCAGCACUUGGCCAACAACUUGAUUGACCUGUACAUCAAUUUGCCCUCCAAGAACCGCUACCGCCGUCCAGCCAGCUAUGUCUCAAAGGGUUACCGUACUCGUCGUAUGGCUGUUGACUUUUCGAUUCCUCUGAUCACAAAUGUCAAGUGCGCCAAGCUGUUUAUUGAGGCUCUUGCACGACACAAGGAGAUUGAGAUUGAGACUGUGGAUUAUAAAUCUAGCAACCGCACGAUGACGCUGCCUGGUUUGAUCAACAUCCAGGCUCUUGUUCCUGGCAUCUCGACUGCGGCCAGCAAGGACUUUGAGAAUGUGUCCAAGUCAUCGAUUGCAUCUGGAUUCACGAUUGUUGGAGCCAUGGCAACAGGAUCUCCCAAGGGUGUGGAGGACAGCGCUAGCUUAGCGAUUGCAUUGACCAACACUCGCAACCAUGCUCACUGCGACUACUACUUGUCGAUGAACGCCAAUGUCGACAAUGUCAACAACCGCCUCAAGGAGACUGCAGCUUUGUUCAUUCCAUUCUCACCUAUUGCAGGCCGUGCGAUGGCCAAUGUUUCAGAAGCAGCCAAGUACUUUAGCACAUGGCCUGUCAACAGCCCUGUAGUGACCGAUGCCAAGGGUACAGAUCUGGCCUCGAUCUUGCUCCUAGCCAGCCUCCACAACCGCUCGGUUCACAUCACAGGAGUGUCGAGCCGUGAUGACAUGGCCUUGAUUGCAAUGAGCAAGGACAAGGGUCUUCAGGUGACAUGCGACAUUGAGGUCUACUCCUUGUUCUUGACACAGGAGGAGGUCAGCUCGAAGCUGUUGCCAACUAAGGUUGAGCAGGAUGCUUUCUGGGCCAGUCUCGAUGUCUUUGACUGCUUCACGGUUGGUUCGUUGCCUUACCGCCUUGCAACCGAGAAGGGCUCUGCUGUUGCAUCCACUGGUAUUGCUGAGACCCUCCCUCUGUUGAUCGAUGCAGUCAACAAGGGCCGCUUGACCAUGCAGGAUGUUAUUGCCAAGCUGUACACCAACCCUCGCAAGAUCUUCUCACUCCCUGAGCAGAAGGAUUCGUAUGUUGAGAUUGAGACUGACCGUGUGUGUGUUCCCUCUACUCAGGAAGGACCUUUCGCAGGCAAGUCGUUGACUGGCACAGUCCAUCGCGUGGUCCUCCAUGGAGAGACUGCAUACUUGGAUGGGGCAUGGUACACCACAGGAGCAGAGGGCCAGGAUUUGUCGAGCUUGACCCAGACGACGGUUGUCAGCGCUGCCAAGCCUGUGGAGAAGAUCACUAUCCCAACCUCAACUCAGACAACCAUGCAUUCGCCUCGUCUCGGACCUUCAGUUGAGCUUUCAGUCCCUCCGACUCCGAAGAUGCGUCCAAGCGACAGUGGUCGGCGCGGCAGCAUCCAGGGCUCUGCCGCUGAUAUCGCAGCAGCAACACAUACGGUUUUGACGCCUGCUCUUAUUGCCAAAGAGUCGUUACCUUCGUCGAUUGGACGGAUAUUGAACAACUCACCAUUCUCUCAUCGGCACAUUCUUUCCUCCAAGCAGUUUGACCGCAACGAGCUCCACACUCUGUUCAGCUUGGCUCAUGAGAUGCGCACUCAAGUGGAGCGUUACGGAUCGAUUGACUUGCUCCACGGCAAGGUGAUGUGCUCAAUGUUCUAUGAGCCUUCGACUCGUACCUCAUGCUCGUUCUCAGCUGCUAUGAACCGUCUUGGUGGUACGGUUGUCAACGUGGAUGGAACAUCGUCCUCGGUAGUCAAGGGAGAGACUCUUGCGGACACUGUGCGUACAUUGGCAUGCUAUGGUGAUCUGGUUGUGCUCCGCCACCCCGAGCCAGGCAGUGCAGCAGUAGCAGCCAAGUACUCAAAGGUACCGGUGAUUAAUGCAGGUGAUGGUGUGGGUGAGCAUCCUACUCAGGCCUUCUUGGACGUGUAUACGAUCCGUGAGGAAUUGGGAACAGUCAAUGGUUUGACGAUCACAUUGGUGGGAGAUCUCAAGAACGGUCGUACGGUCCACUCGUUGGUCAAGUUGCUGGCGUACUACUCUGUGACAUUGAACUUUGUCUCACCAGCGUCGCUCCAGAUGCCUGAGGAGGUCAAGACCGAGUUGCUGAAGGCAGGAGUUGUCUACUACGAAUACACGGACCUGAAUGAGGUCAUUGGGGUUUCGGAUGUGGUUUAUGUGACGCGAGUGCAAAAGGAGCGAUUCGCAGAUCUGGCGGAAUAUGAGAGUGUCAAGAGUGCAUACAUCAUCAACAACAAGAUGAUGUCCAAGGCCAAGACGCAGAUGGUGGUGAUGCACCCAUUGCCGCGUGUGACGGAGAUUGAGCCUGAGGUUGACUUUGAUCAACGUGCCGCAUACUUCCGUCAGAUGAGAUAUGGACUCUAUGUGCGCAUGGCUUUGUUGGCAUUGGUCCUUGCCAAGUCCAACUAAGAAACAGAAGACAUAAGCUGAUGAUAGAUUGUUUAGUUUCUUCUCUUUUUCUUAUCGCUUCAUUAGUGUAUAGUUUGUUUUUCUAAUCAUUUUACCAUAUAUUCAUUUUCGUAUUUCAUCUGUACCUUUUCUUUUCCAUCGUCAGUAAAUAAUAACAGUAUAUAUAUACAUGUAUAACAAUAAAAUAGGCUGACUUUACUGAUUAAAGUCGAG